CCUGCCUGAGCCAACCCAGGUGUGAGGGAGGGAGCCCAGGCAGGUGCCAGGAACAGGGUCCGGCCCAGCACUGAUCAGAGAAGGCUUUCCGGAAGAGGUGCCGCCCAAGUUUACGCCCUAGGGUGAGGGCAAGCCGGCUCUCAGCUAGUUCCUUUGCCAAGUGCUUUUGGCGCGUCUGCUCUCUGCUGGAGACAUCAGUGCGGACCCAUACACUGAAUUCCAUUGAAGGGAAAGCAAAGCAAUAAACAGAGCAUUCAGGUCAUGUUAGAACAUGGAAAGUGCUGUGCAGAAAACAAAACAGGCGCAUGGGAUGGAAUAACUGGGGCUGAGAAUAAUGAUGGAGGUGGGCUGAGAAGGGCUGCCUGGGAUCAGUGCCAGUACAGCGCUGUAGCUCCCACCCUCCCUGGCGCUGUCACUGACAAGAGGGAGGUAGUCUGGUAAAGAUCUGAGAGCAGAGGGACAGGCAAGUGCAAAGGUCCUGAGGCAGCAAAGUGCCAAGUGUCCCAGGACCUGGAAGAAUGCUUGCUGGGAUCCCGUGGGUUAGGGGCAUGAACAGAAGGGAGAUGACAGUCUCUCUGCAAUUACCUUUGACUCUGAUUUUGAGACGAUGUGGCUUACAUGUCUGCCGAGUUAGCCUCCAUCCUGUGGCCUUGCCCCCUCCACCCAUUCUGGACACCCAGUGCUUCACAGCUGGGCCGUUUGGAUCCCCAGGGAGGCUGGACCAGCUUUACGUGGUUUCUUCUUUCUUCCAGAAAGCAAAAAGGAAAAGUUUCCACAAACCUCCACCCACAUCACCAAAGUCACCAUACCACUCCAAGCCCAGAAAAGUGGCAUCCUGGCGAUCUCUGAGGACAGCAGAGAGCAUGCCUCUUGGUAACAGAAUGUCCCUGACCCCACAGAAGCUGUGGCUGGGAAGCUCAAAGCCAGGAAGUCUGACCCAACCGCUGCAGUCAGACCUCACCUUGGAGCGUGCAUGGAUCAGCCCCCCCGGCAGCUCUCCCGACUAUGUGACAGAAACUUGGAGGAUGAAGAGGUCAAAUCUCAGGCGGUCUGCCAGCAAUGGUCAUGUCCCUGGGACCCCCAUCUACAGAGAGAAAGAAGACAUGUAUGACGAGAUCAUUGAGUUGAAAAAGUCACUCCACGCACAGAAAGGCGACGUGGACCUGAUGAGGACGAAGCUCCGGCGCUUAGAAGAGGAAAACAGCCGGAAGGACCGGCAGAUCGAGCAGCUGUUGGAUGCCCCCCGGGGCCCAGAAUUCGUUCGCACUCUGGCGGAGAAGAGGCCCAAUUCUGGCUGGGUCGUCAGCGGGCUAAAGCAGAGGAUCCUCAAGCUGGAGCAGCAGUGCAAGGAGAAGGACAACACCAUCAGCAAACUGCAGACCGAUAUGAAGACCACUAACCUGGAGGAGAUGAGGAUUGCCAUGGAGACCUACUAUGAGGAGAUUCAUAGGCUGCAGACUCUCUUGGCAAGUUCUGAAACUACAGUAAAGAGGCCUCCAGCGGAGAAGAAAAUGGGCCUCAAAAGUCAGAAAAAAGUGAGCAGCGCCCUCCUGAGCCUGUCGCGUAGCGUUCAGGAGCUCACGGAGGAGAACCAGAGCCUGAAGGAGGACCUGGACCAUGUGCUGAGCAACUCCCCCACUGCCUCCAGGAUCAAGGGUUACAUGGAGUGGAGUAAGCCCCGGCUGCUUAGACGGAUCGCAGAGCUGGAAAAAAUCAGUUUGGUGGAAAGGCAAAAAUCACACACUUCAGAAGUGGUCAUGUCGAGCCCACCAGCUCAAUCUGCGUCCAGCUCUGCGGUGGACAGGCAGCCGAGGUUGGACCACCAGAGGGAGAGCGAACGCUUGCGGGGGGCUGUGAGGAACCUGAGGGCCGAGCGGAGCGUCCUCCAGGCGCAGCUGCAGGAGAGAGAUUUGGAAGUGAAGCAGCUACUACAGACAAAGGCAGACUUGCAGAAGGAGCUAGAAAAUGUGAAGGAAAAUGAGAAGGAGAGAAGAGCAAGAGAGGAGGCUUUGCGAGAAGAAAUUCAAACACUUACCAAGAAAUUUCAAGAACUAGAAGGAAAUAAGAAAGAAGAGAAGGAUGAGCCCAUGGAACUGAGCCCUGAGACUCCAGAACCCUGGCCCUCGCGUCCUGCCAGCAGGCCCUCCCCACAGGACUCGGGGCCGGACACGGGUGAGGGGGGCGCCCCCUGCACCCCCUCUGGCUGCUCCGACCAGAGGAGAGAUGCAGCUGCCCGGACCCUGCAGGCCAGGUGGAAGGCAUACAAGCACAAGAAAAAAAAGGCUGAUCUGGAUGAGGUGGCUGCUGCACUUCAGGCAGCCUUCAGGGGUCAUCUAGUGCGGGCGAAGCUGCUAUCAAGCAACGCCCGUGGUUCACAGAUUCCCAGCCUUCCCAACCAGAGCUCUCCUGCGCCCUGUGUUCCGAGUGCCAUCACCCAGGCCGAGGGUGAUGCGAGGCACGAGGAGGCUAUCACCAUGAUCCAGUCCGUCUUCCGGGCGCACCUAGUGCGGACCGGGCACAGCCCCAUCUGUCAAAGACGUGCUGCUGCAGCUCCUGCCAAGAAAACCUGUGCUCCAGCCACACCCAGCCAGCCCUGCUCCCCACCCUUCCUGGCAACCUGUCCUGGUAAGGAAGACAGUGAGGGGAGCAGCGGGGAGACGGCUGAGGGGCCAGCUACGGAGGAUGAAGCGCUGAGGCCAUGGGGACCGCGGAGGCUAGCAGCCCUCCAGUCCUGUUCGGCUGAGCCAGCACCCUUGGGGCUGCAGCCAGCCGUGCCCCCACCCACCGAGGACAUCAUCUCCGAUGACUCCGACGAGAUCAUAGUCGCUCCAGCGCUGUCUUCCAAGAAAAGUGCCUCCCGGUCCUAGACCCCUGGCCGUUGCCCCUCAUGUCGGUGUGGCUGGUGGGGGCCGCUAGGGUUAAGAGGACAAAGCUCAUUCCAGGGGACCUAACUAAAACAGGAAAGUGAUUUAUCUCGUUAGGAAAAGAGCAGUACCUUCUCCACACCACCAGCUCCGUGGGUUUCUCUGGUUUGCUCGCUGGCUGGUAUAAAACCCUGAACACCUGCAGGGGAUCUCUGGGAAGGGCCAGUGCUCGCCUCACUGCCUCACCUCUGGCUGGUUUUCAGCACAGGGCAUUGACCAGAACAGGGUCGCCAGAGCCCUGCAAAGACGUGCUGCUGAGGCCUGGGAAGGCCUGCCUUGUCGGGAGCCAGCACUGAGGUCACCCACUGCCUACCCUCGUGGACUUUUGUCUAGCCAGGUCAAGCUGGACAUGCCAAGCCGUGCGUUUUGGAAGAGGCGAGAUAGGCCUGCAGUGGGGGCAGGGCUCCCUCGUCCCCAGGACAGACGCUGGUGACUUCAGGGUCCAAAAUGAGGGCAUGUCCUGGCUCCCCGCUCCCACCAUCAUCGUCCCUGCUCCCUGCAUCCCCAGGAGCUCCUGGGCCCAGGAAGGGUCUGUGGGAGUCUAUUGUUGGGUAUAUGAAGUCUUUUAAAAAUACCAGAUUAUGCACAGAACCCAAGAAUGGACUAAUAGUUACCAAAGGGAAAGGGACUG